AUGGCUCAAGAGCCCGACUUCCAACUUUUCUCGUCACUCCGCUACGAUCCUCUCCUUCUGCCUCUUACAAUCAAUACCGCUGCCUGGGAUGGCGAGAUCAAAUUCUUCAGCCCAUUCUAUAUGCUCCCCUACCAUCGCGACCGCAUGCUACAAGCCGCUGAGAACUUUGGCUGGACAAAAGCUGCGGACACGAUCCGGGGUACGGAGGGUUUUAAUUUCCUUCUGAAGAAGCUGAACGAAGGCGUUGAUAUCAACUCUCAAUUGCCUUUGAGGGUGAAGACACUGUUGAGUCACGAUGGGGAGAUCACCGUAGAGUCAAACCCUGUGCCGGCUGUUGAACGUUGGACUUUGUUCCCUGAGAGGAUUCCACCGCCAUCAAGUCUUGAGACGACAAUGAAAGUCAGUCCUCUCACGGGCGGAGCUCUCACGCUUGGCGAGAAUGAUGUCGUGCAUGGAGAUGCACCGAAAAGACAAUCCUGGGAUAUCAUCCCUGAUCCUGUUCGCACCCCUCCUUCUCAGUAUACGAGUUAUAAGACUACAAGUCGCAACAUGUACGUCAGUGCUCGAGAGCGGGUUGGAAUCAAGGAUAUGGCAGAGGAGAAAGAGGUGCUGCUAGUGAGUGAAAAGAACGGAGAGAUUAUGGAGGGGAGCUUGACUAGUGUCUAUUUCUGGAGAAAUGGUAAGUGGACUACACCGCACGUAAGUAGUGGUGGGCAGAUUGGGACUACCAGGAGAUGGGCAAUUGAGGAGGGGUAUGCUGUUGAAGGGAUCGUCACGAUUGACUCUCUGAUGGACGGAGAGGAGUGCUGGAUCAGCAAUGGAGUCCGAGGCUUCCAAUAUGGCAAGGUAAAGCUUGGGUAA